UCUGGUGCGUGGGGACUUGGAGAGUUUGAGUGGCGGGUCCGCGGCGGCCGUGAGAUUGACCGGCUCGGGCACCUGCGUCCGGCGCGACGAUGCUGACCCCCGCGUUCGACCUUAGCCAGGACCCCGACUUCCUGACCAUCGCCAUCCGCGUGCCCUACGCCCGGGUCGCCGAGUUCGACGUCUACUUCGAGGGCGUCGACUUCAAGUUCUACGCCAAGCCGUACUUUCUCAGAUUAACUCUUCCUGGAAGAAUUGUAGAAAAUGGAAAUGAACAAGGGUCCUAUGAUGCAGAUAAAGGAAUUUUUACCAUUCGAUUGCCCAAAGAAACUCCUGGCCAGCAUUUUGAAGGGCUGAACAUGUUAACUGCUCUUCUGGCACCAAGAAAAUCCAGGACAGCAAAACCACUUGUGGAAGAAAUAGGCACUUCUGAACUUUCUGAGGAGGUAGUAGAAGAAGACGAUGAAGAGUUUGAUUGGGAAAUUGAACAGAUCCCCUAUGAAGAGUCAUCAGAAAGUGCUUUGAAUCCACAGUGCCACUAUGGAUUUGGAAACUUACGAUCAGGAGUGGUUCAGCGGUUACAGGAUGAAUUGAGUGAUGUUAUUGAUAUUAAGGAUCCAGAUUUCACUCCUGCAGCUGAACGAAGGCAGAAACGCCUGGCUGCUGAGCUGGCCAAAUUUGAUCCUGAUCAUUAUCUAGCUGACUUUUUUGAAGAUGAGGCAAUUGAACAGGUUUUGAAGUAUAAUCCUUGGUGGAUGGAUACAUAUUCAAAAAUGAUAGCUUCUUUAGGAAAGAGUCAGGAGCAAGAAGAUCAUGCUGCAUUAGUGUCUUUUUCUGAGGAAGAGAAAUACCAGCUACGAAAAUUUGUCAAUAAAUCUUAUCUUCUGGACAAGAGAGCCCAUCGUCAAGUGUACUACAGUUUGAUUGAUAUCCUUCUGGCAUACUGCUACGAAACUUGUGUCACUGAAGGAGAGAAGAAUGUUGAAUCUGCAUGGAAUAUUAGAAAACUGAGUCCAACACUGUGCUGGUUUGAGACUUGGGCUAAUGUUCAUGAAAUCCUGGUGUCUUUUGGAAGAAGAGUUUUGUGCUACCCACUUUACCGCCAUUUCAAGCUGGUGAUGAAGGCUUACAGAGACACUAUAAAGAUAUUGCAACUAGGUAAAAGUGCAGUUUUAAAGUGUCUCCUGGAUAUUCACAAAAUUUUUCAGGAAGAUGACCCAGCCUACAUCCUAAAUGAUCUCUAUAUCUCAGACUACUGUGUGUGGAUUCAGAAAGCCAAGUCCAAAAAGUUGGCAGCUCUUGCAGAAGCCUUAAAGGAGGUCUCCCUUACAAAGGCCCAGCUGGGACUAGAACUGGAAGAACUGGAAGAAGCGGCACUUCUUGUCCAGGAGGAGGAAACUGCGUCACAAGCAGCCCCUUCCCUUUCCCGGCAGCAGACAGUUUGCUCCGGUUCCGAGGCGAGUGAUUCGGAGGAAUCGGACAGCACCGCAUCAUCUGGAACCGGGGAUUCCGAUUCGGAACAAGAGGAGCUCGAAGACCGUCACCCUGAGACAGACAGUUCUUUGCGAGGUCCCUUUCUCGAAGAAAGCAGUGCCCCGCUUAUUGACGGAGGUGGGAGGUGCAGAAGCUGGGCCUUGCAGGGGUGUGGUGGUGGACGGGGAGGGCCGCCCGCUUCCUCCCGGGCUCCUGGAGCGCCAGGGCCUCUGAUAGAGGAGCUGGGGGAGAGCCUGCAGAGCUCACUGCAGGUCUCCGAGCCCAAGGGCGUCGCAGCUGCAAACCACAGCCAUGUGCAGGAGGGAGGCAGCCAGCAGACACCGAGUAGUUGACUCCGUUUUAUUCUUUGUCGAGAAUUAGGUCACAUUUGGCUUCAUUCACCGAGUUAGAAUUCCUCAUUUUCACUCUGUACUUUUUCUUGGUAUAUACAACAUUGUUUUUCAGUGAGCCGAUAUUUACACCAUUUGCUUUCCUUGGUGCAACUUUAUUUUUAAAGUUCUAAAGUAUUUUUUACCAAAGUGUAGCUAAUAUUUAAAGAUGAACACAAUAGUUCUAAUGCCAGAGUCUCUAGAACGUAGAGCCCAUUAAUAUUUUUAUUUUAGUUUUACUGACGAAUCCUUGACAAACAAUAAACUGCACACAUUUGAGUGUACAGCGUAGUGAGUGUUGGCACACACAUACACCAAGUAGACCGUCACCACAGUCAAAGUGAGGAACUUAGCUGUCACCCUAUGUGUCCUCGUGCCCUUUUGUGACCCUCCCCGUCCUUGCAUGCCACCCACCCCCAUCCCCCAGGCAGCCACUCAUCUGCUUUCUGUCAUACAUUAAUUUGCAUUUCCUAGAAUUUUAGAGAAAUUGAAUCAUGCAAUAUGUAUGCCUUUUUUGUCAGGCUUAAUUCACUUGGUAUAAUUAUUUUGAGACUCACCCACAUGGUAACCUGUGUCAGAGUUGUGAUUUGUCCAUUCUCCUGUUGAUGGACAUUUCCAGUUUUUGGCAGUUACAAGUAAAGCUGUUGUGAACAUUUGUGUACAAGUCUUUGUGUGGACAUAUGCUUUCAGUUCUCUUAGGUAAAUAGCUGGGAGUGGAAUGACUGAGCCGUAUGGUAGGUAUAUGUUUAAUGUUGUAAGAAAACAUCGAACUGUUCUCCAACGUGGCUGUACCAUUUUACAUUCCUACCAGUAGCAUAUGAGAGUGCCAGUUCUUCCACGUGCUUGUCAUCACUUGGUGUGGUCAGUCUUUAAGUUUUCACCAUUCUAAAAGAUGUGUAGAGGUAUCUCAUUGUGGUUUUACUUUGUGUUCCUAACACUUAAGGUGUUGAAUACUUUUUAAUAUGCUUAUUUGACAUCCACAUAUCUUUUUUGAAUUGUCUGUUCAAAUCUACCAACUUUGUUUUUAAAAGCUGGUUUUGUUUUCUUAUUUUUGAGAGUUCUUUAUAAAUUCUGGAUACAAGCCCUCAUUUUGAGUCAUGUUUUUCUGCUGCUUUGCAUGCCUUGUAAUCUUUGAUCAGAUGUCAGACUUGUUAUUUUACCUUGUUGGGUGAUGGAGAUGUAUUCUUAGAUAUUUUUUAGCUGUGUUUUGGGAUGUAGUUUAGUGACUUGGAAAUUGAUUGAUCCUUGUGGGUCGCCUUUGUAAUUUGAUAGGCAGGUCUGGAGCAGUUUAUUCCUCAUUGCUGAUUUCCCUGAGUACUCUAUCCAUGCCCCAUGAAUUAUGAAUUUUUCCAGUCCAGCUGAUUGAAGAAGGCACUGUAUCCUCUAGUCCUUUCAGAUGGUUCUUUCCCGGCCCUUAUGGCUAAGUACUCUCCUGAAUGUUAGAGGGGAACUCUCUCCAGAUAUCUGGGGUUCUCUUUGCAGCUGUCUCCUCUCUGGAAUCCUAUACUACAAACACUAGCUGCCUUGGUCUCCCUAAGCCCUCAGCUCUCUCUCUUGAACUCCGGAGUCCACUGGGUUCUGCAUGGGUUGCCCCUCCCUGCAUGUCCAAGAAAGUCUUCGGAGGCAUUAGGUGGGGCAAUCCUAGGGUUUACCUUGCUUGUUCCCUUUCCCUUGGGAUCACUGUCUUUCAUUGCCUGAUGUUCAGUGUCUUGAAAAACAUUGUUUCAUGUAUUCUUCCUGUUUUUUAGUUAUGUGAGGUGGGAGAGUAGAUUUGGUCCCUGUUAGUCCAUCUUGAAUGGAAGUGUAAGUUUCCCUUAAUAUUUUAAAUGUGAAUUUUCGCACUGGAAUGUAAGCUGCAGGGGGAGGUGGGGCUUGUGUCGUGUCUUGUUACUACUCAGUCAUCAGCACCCAUAUUUUUAGUGCUCCAUAAAUAUUUGUGGAAUGAAUGACCAAGUGAAAUAAACCAAUUUGCUUUGGAGAGGAGAUGAAAUAAAAUCUGAUAUGUAUUAA